UUAAAAAAAGAUAUAUCUAAACAGGUAUUGAGUUUUCACGCCUCGAGAACAAUAUGAAAGUGUGUUUCUCCAUGUUCCAGUUCUAUAGGGAUGCAAAGGACUGGUGGCUGUUUGGGUUCUACUUCUGUGUACCUCUGGCCUGCUCUGCUGUUUUCUAUGGCCUGAUGACCUGCGAGAUGCUCAGACACCAGAAAGGAAGUCUGAGGUUCGCACUGAGUGAACACCUUAAACAGCGUAGAGAAGUAGCUAAAGCGGUCUUCUGCCUGGUGUUGAUCUUUGCUCUGUGCUGGUUUCCACUUCAUCUGAGUCGCCUGCUGAAGAGGACUGUCUACAAAUCCCAUGAUGCACACCGCUGCGAGCUGUUAAAUUUCCUCUUGGUGCUCGACUACUUCAGCAUCAACUUGGCAACCAUCAACUCCUGCAUCAAUCCCAUAAUCCUUUACUUUGUCUCCAAGAAGUUCAAAAACUGCUUCAAGUCCUGCCUGUGUUGUUGGUGUUAUUCUGGCUCUCUCUCCAACAGUAUGCAGCCUCUCCACCAUGGGACGAGUCUGCAGUACAAACACACUGACCACUGACAGAGAGAGAGAGAAAGUCUAUAUCUUCGUCUGCAACGUACCACCAGCAACUAAACCGGGCUGAACAAGGACAUCUAACACACACGCACGCAUACACACAGACACUGUCGUGUCUGAUGUUUUUACCUUUUUAUGGUGUAUUUAUUCAGUUAUAAAUAUUGUAUUUUAUCACAGACUAAUUAUUGUAUAGUGAUUCUGCAUUAUGGCCAAAACAUAUUUCUUGUGGGUUUUUUAUUGUUUCAAUUGGGCUUCUUAGUUCCAGUGAAGUGAAAUCUUAGUGCUGCAGUUUUGGGGAAGAUCUUUAGCUGUUUCAAUGCUAGGUGCGCAAAGCCAGCUCCAUAAAAGAAAUGGUUCCCACUUUGUUUUUGAAAAAGCUCUGACCUCAACUAUCCCCAUAAAACACCUUUGCAAUAAACCAGCCAGCCAGACCUUUUCACCCAGCACCAGUGCUAAACCUCACUAUCACUCUUGUUGCUGAAUGGGAGAAAAUCCCUGCACGAGGUUGAGACAUCUGGUGGACUGACAGAAUCCAGAAAAGUGGAGGCUGUAAUAGCAGCAGAAUAAUGAGACUGAGAUGCUCAACAGUCACAUAUGGAUGUAAUGUGAGGGUGUCCACUUAUCUUUGGCCAUGCAGUGUAUUUAUUAUUAAAUUUUUUAAAUGUCAGUUUUAAAUGUCAAAUAUUCCAUUGCAACAAGUCAUUGUAAGAGUCUAAAACUGCAAUAGCAUCCCCUGGAGGUUGAAUAUUUCAUUACACCCAAAGUUUCAAACUGUUGACAGACUAUUAAAUAUACUGAGGGUGUUUUAGUUCUGCUAGGUGGCCCUAAAAGAAUUGGCAGGGUGUAAACAAAAUCAUCUGGGCAUCAAGAAUAUCACAGCAAGUUGGACGGAAAUCGGGUCAGAAGUGUGUCAGAAAAUCUUGUCAAAGUGGAAGGAACUAUUACCAAUCAGCUUUAGUUAUCAGUGAGUUUAAUAAAAAAUUAAGUUGUGUUUGUAUUUAUCAAUAAAGCUAUAUUCUCAAA